GUAAACAAGCCAUCAGUUGUAUUCAUAGAUGAAAUUGAUGCAUUGGCAACUAAGCGUCAAGGUAUUUUCAAGGAGUCCACAGAUCACCUGUAUAAUGCAGCCACCCAGGAAAGGGAAACUACAUUGAACCAAUUGCUGAUAGAGCUUGAUGGUUUUGAUACUGGAAAGGGUGUCAUAUUUCUAGCUGCCACAAAUCGUAAGGAUUUGUUAGACCCAGCACUUCUUCGUCCAGGUCGCUUUGAUCGCAAGAUCAGGAUUCGCCCUCCUAGUGCCAAAGGAAGGCAUGAUAUUUUGAAAAUCCAUGCUAGCAAAGUAAAAAUGUCAGAGUCUGUCGAUUUAUCCAGCUAUGCACAGAACCUACCUGGAUGGUCUGGGGCAAGAUUGGCACAAUUAGUCCAAGAGGCUGCUCUUGUGGCUGUGAGGAAACAACACAACUCAAUUCUUCAGUCAGAUAUGGAUGAUGCAGUUGACAGACUUACAGUGGGCCCUAAACGUGUUGGAAUAGAAUUAGGUUACCAGGGACAGUGUCGUAGAGCUACUACUGAAGUGGGAGUUGCGUUAACUUCUCAUCUGCUGCGGCGAUAUGAGCAUGCAAUAGUUGAAUGCUGUGAUCGCAUCUCAAUAGUACCCCGUGGUCAGACAUUAUCUCAAUUGGUGUUUCAUCGACUUGAUGAUGAAUCAUAUAUGUUUGAACGUCGACCUCAAUUGCUUCAUCGCCUUCAGGUUCUGCUUGGAGGUAGAGCUGCUGAAGAGAUCAUCUAUGGACGUGACACGUCAAAAGCCUCAGUUGAUUACCUAGCAGAUGCAUCCUGGCUUGCACGCAAAAUAUUGACCAUAUGGAACUUGGAGAAUCCAAUGGUCAUACAUGGAGAACCACCACCUUGGAGGAAGUCAGUUAAAUUUGUUGGACCAAGGCUGGAUUUUGAAGGGUCUCUUUAUGAUGACUACAACUUGAUUGAACCACCUCUAAACUUUAAGAUGGAUGAUCAAGUUGCACAAAGGACUGAAGAGUUGAUACGUGACAUGUACCGGAAGACGUUGUCUCUCCUUAGGAGGCACCAUGCAGCUUUGCUUAAAACCAUUAAGGUACUUCUCGAUCACGAGGAGAUCAGUGGUGAGGAAAUAGAGUUCAUUUUAAACAAAUACCCUCCACAAACCCCGUUAUAUCUUUUGGAGGAGGAAUAUGCUGUCGACCUUCCAUUCACCAAAGAACAAGUGCAUGAUUUGGAGUAUGCCUUAAAAACUCAGUCGAACGAAGAAAUCGUGUGA